AUGAAGACGUCAUUGCUCGAAUUAGACCCAUCCGGGGAUACGAUACUCGUAUUGCAGCGCCCAAAUAUGCAGACGGGAAAAGAAAUACCAAGGCGACUGCGGGGCAAGGGAAAGGGGGACGUUGUUUUGAUCCCUACUUACGAGCCGGAGCUCGAUGCUAGGCCGAAAAAGCUAAGUAAGAAAAAGAAAAAGUUGGAGAAGAAGAAGAUGAGAAGAGAGCAGAAUGUUAAUCUCAUCCAUGCUGUCGAGCCUGAAACUGCUGCUGAAGCCGAACCUGCCAUCGAACUCGAACGUGCUCCUGAGCCCGAAGCUGUUUAUGAAGCCGAGCCUGCCAUCGAAUUCGAACGUGCUCCUGAGCCCGAAGCUGCUUAUGAAGCCGAGCCUGCCAUCGAACUCGAACGUGCUCCUGAGCCCGAAGCUGUUUAUGAAGCCGAGCCUGCCAUCGAAUUCGAACGUGCUCCUGAGCCCGAAGCUGCUUAUGAAGCCGAGCCUGCCAUCGAAUUCGAACGUGCUUCUGAAGCCGAGCCUGCCAUCGAACUCGAACGUGCUCCUGAAGCCGAGCCUGCCAUCGAACUCGAACGUGCUCCUGAGCCUGAACCUGCCGCUGAGACCGCGCCUGCUGCUGAACCCGAGCCUGCUGCGGAGCCCGAAACCGAUGGAGAACCUGUUCAACCUGAACCCGCUGUCGGCAAUGAAACCGCAAGUGAGAGCGGAAUCACGACCAGGACUGGAUGCGACAUCCUGGAGAUUGUUGCAGAGCCUGAGCCUGAAAUCAGAGCCGAGCCAGGCGCAGACAUAGUGACGGACAUAUGUGCUCUACGAGGGCUUUCUCCCUGGGACCACACCUUGAAACCUGUGGAACUCCGGUUGCGAGUGUCUUCGGCUCAUUUAUGUCUCGCUUCGCCUGUGUUUCGAUUAAUGUUCCGGGGUCCGUUUAAAAAACCGACGGUCCGUCGAGAUGGGUGCCUCGAGAUCAGAGCAUCCGAGUGGGAUAUAGAAGCGUUUCUUGUCGUUCUGGACAUUAUACACGGCCACAAUCGACAUGUACCGAAAAUCAUCAGCCUAGAUUUGCUGGCGAAGAUUACGACUAUUGUGGAUUAUUAUGACUGUCAAGAGUCAGUUGACGCAUAUAUCGGCAUUUGGGUCCCGCUAUUGGAAAAUGGCUUGCCUAGCUCUUAUGACGAGAAAGUCCCAGUCUGGCUUUGCAUUUCAUGGGUGUUUCGACGAUCGAGAAUUUUCGAGAAAAUGGUAGAGCUGGCCGUGAUGCAACUUCAGCAUCCGCUGGUGAUGAUAGGGCAUCCCCUUCCUCAAGCGAUAAUAGAAAACUAG